GAGACCACAUUCGUACAAUUUGUUUAUUGUAUUGAAGAUGACAGCUGUGGACAUUUUUUAUCUGUUCUCUGGGUAAUUGUAACAAUAUAUUUUGAAUUUUGAAAUAAUUAUUUUUGUCAAAUGGAUAUAUUUCUGUGAUAAUGUCGAUGCAAUACGUUAGAAUUCACUACGGACCCAACGAAUCAUUUGGCACUGUUUCGCAUAAACCACAAAAAUUAAAUGGUAUACGAGAGUAUCUUCAAAGAUUGGGCUUUCGUGUUAAUCUCGUUCCCGUGGAAUAUAUAAAUUACUGCAUGUUGGAAAUGUGUGGGCAUGAGGUAUUCAGAUGCAAUAUAAAUAAUCUCUCAUUCAACGCGGCUGCGGAACGCGACUCAGUGUGUCGUCGAGCUAUAAAUGCUGUAGUUGAAUCAUCAGCUAAAUUCCUAAGAGCUAGAAGUUACCUGUGGUCCUGGGCGCUGAUAGAGGACCAAAUAUUUAGAAGAAGCGAAUACUCCCCUAAGGACUACUGGCCGUUCCAUUUUGACGAAACUCGCGAUACAUGUUUAGAAUGCGAUUCGUGCGGUGAAGCGAUUGAAAAUAAGAACGACUCUGUCGAAGACAUUUUAAUGGCAAAGACAGAAUAUAUCAGAUAUUCUGUCAGCUGAAAGUUAAGAAGAAUUAUAUAUGGAAAAUUAACUUCGACCAUAUUUUUCUACAGUUGGA